UGCACAAAAGAAAAAAAUAGUUAAAAAUCACUGUUAGUUUAUCUUGGCGUUAACUUAACUCCAAAAAGUUAAUUUGGGUUGCAAGAAAGAAAAUUAUUUAAAAGUAGCGUUAAGUUAACGCUAACUUUAACUGACCUCCUAACCCCAAGAUAAAUCCCUAUUUUGGAGUUAGUUGAAACAAAAUGGUGGACAAUCAGGCCCUGUUUGUGGCUUUCCAGCCAUUUUUUCAAGCUCCACGGCAUUUUAGAGAAAGAAUCAACCACUUGGAGUUCUUCAAUGACAAAAAACUUUUUAAAAGAUACCGUUUUUGCAGAGAAACUAUUGUUUUGAUAGUUGAUAUGCUCAGGGAGGACAUUGAAAGUGCGACCAACAGAAGCCAUGCAAUUUCGCCUGAGGUGCAAGUCUUGAUUGCUCUCCGUUAUUUUGCAUCUGGAGCUUUCUUUGAAGUUAUUGGGGACACUUUCGGUGUAGACAAAGCGAGUGUAAGUCGUGUGGUGCACAGGGUGGCUGGCCUGUUAGAUGCUGCACGGGACGAUUUUAUUGUGUGGCCCCAGUCGGUGGAGGAGAGGCGUCGAAUUCAAGCUGGAUUCUAUGCGAUCGCACAUUUUCCCAAAGUAUUGGGAUGCAUCGACGGCACGCACAUCAGAAUAAUAUGCCCCAGUGAGCCACGUCCUGAUGCUGAUCACAUCCCAGAACCAGCCAAUGCUGCUGAGAAUGACCAGGAGAUGCGAGAUGACCAGAUAGGCCUACAUGCUCCUGAUCCUGCACAUGCACCUGCACUGCCCAUGCCUGCAGAUCGCGAAGGCGAAGCCAUGGAAGAAGCAGAACAACCCGCGCAAGUUCCUCCAGCUCCAGCCUACGAAGCAUCUUUUGUAAACAGGAAGGGAUAUCACUCCAUCAACGUGCAAGCAGUGGUUGACGAUAAGGGAAAAUUCACCAAUGUAGUUGCACGUUGGCCAGGGGCAACCCAUGAUGCCUUUAUUUGGAGGAACAGUGACCUUAAAGAGCACCUGGAACUGACAAACCCCAGAGGUGAAGAUGGACUGUUGCUAGGAGAUAGUGGAUACCCUUGUAUGCCGUAUCUCAUCGUCCCGUACGGAGCACCCACAACAGAAGCCCAGCAGAGAUUGAACACUUCCUUAUGUGCCACAAGAGUGAGGAUAGAACAUGCCUUUGGAGUGUUAAAGAGGAGGUUCCAUGUUCUCCAUGGGGAGAUUCGUAUGCAGCCAGACCGUGUAGUUAAGAUCAUCUCUGCCUGUUUUGUCCUGCAUAAUAUUGCAAAGAUGAGAGGAGAACGUGACCCCCGGCCAGAAGACGACGACAGUGAUGACGAAGAAGAUGAUGAAGAUGAUGAUGAGGAGUAUGCUGGCCCAAACUCUGGCAGUGUUUACAGGGACUACCUCGCCAAUCGCUACUUUGCUUAAUUGACUGUGAUCCACUGCAACCUGAGUGAGGGGAUAUAUCAAAACAGUGGAAGCUACAGCCAGUGAAUUUUCCAAUUUCAAACUUAAAAACUAUAACUAUAUGUAUUGCAUAAUCAACACUCGCGUAAGAAAUAUACCAUAACAUUUUCAUCAUGUCACUGACACUGUAGCUUCUAAUUUUGAUACAUUCCCUUUGUGUUUUAAAUAACUUGAUAUUUACUAUAUAUUUACUAUUUAAUAUAUUUAAUAUUUAAAAAAUUCAA